AUGAAGAUGAUCUCGUCCACGUUCCUGGGGGAGGGCGGCGGCUCCUCCCUCUUCGCGCGGCGCUCGUCGGGCAGCGCAGCAGGCGGCGCCCUGGGCGUCUCGCAGGAGUCGCUGGGUCGCUGGGCCAAGCUGCGCGCCGAGAACGGGCUGGACCCGACGCCCGAGCUCAAGAUCGCGCUCGUGGGCGGCGCCGCAGUGGGCAAGACCAGCAUCGUGCGGCGCUGGCUGCAGCGCUCGUACCCGGCCACGUACUCGCCCACCAUCGGCGUGGACGUGAGCUCCAUGACGUACAAGCACCGAGGCCAGGAGCUGCUGCUGCACGUGUGGGACGUCUCGAGCGCUGAGGUGGACGCCAGCGCGUCGUCGCUGCACUCGCUGCUGUGCGAGGACCUGGACGGCAUCUUCUUUGUGUUCAACGUGCACCGCGUGAGCUCCAUCGCGGCCAUCGACAAGUGGCGGCACUGCCUGUCCAAGUACCUGUCUCCCAAGGAGGUCCCGUGCUUCCUCAUCUCGCACAAGGCCGACCUGCUGCAGAAGAGGGUCAUGACCAGCGACGACAUCGCGGCGUAUGCACGGGCUGCAGGGUACAAGGGCUGGAUGUGGACGGUGGGCAAGCCGAACUUUGGCGAAAAUGAAAAGAACCCGGCGGUGCGCGAGGCACUGGAGCGCAUGGUGGAGUUCAUUUGCAGGGAUCGCAUUGCCACCGAGCACAUUCGGCUCGCACGCUUGGCAAGACCUAUGGGCAUAUUGGAGACGUCCGGCAACCCCGCGCCGCUGGAAGUUAUCCAGACGGAGGACGCGCUGCACCAUUUCUCGACUUCUCUAUUGCGAAUCCCCACGAAAGCGAUCACGACGCUGCCACGCGACGAAAACAUGAUGCCAAUCAACGAAAAGCCCAACCCGAACGAGGGAGAAGAAAAGAGUGCGGCGGAUACUCACGUUGCGGCUGCACUACGGAGUGAUAAGCGGGCGCCUACAUACGGCGGUAACUGGAUCCUAGGCAAUGACAAGGGGGUGUAUCUGCGUGCCACGAACAGCAGUCUCCUUGGAAACGACGAGACUGACGAUGACUCGGAGUCUGUUGAAGAGUUUCAGUUCCCGUUCUCGAGCUCGAGGCAGCUCAACGAAGAGGAAGAUGCUGCUGCAGCAGCUGAGACUCGCAGGCGCGAGAAGGAAGAGGAGGACCUUGAAAGGCGCCGAGAAGAAGAGAAGGCGGAACGGGAUCGACGUAACGACCAGGAGGCGUGGCAUUUCUUCGCUGGCAGUAUUAGCCGCGCCCAAGCUGAGUCACUUCUCGCAAAUCGAGAGCAAGGUACAUUCCUGCUGCGUCGAAAGGAUGCACAAACUCUUAUCCUCUCGUACAGGGGCCCGGGCCACGUGCACCACGUGCUCAUUGAAUUCUCGAAUCAAAAGUACCACAUCGGCUCGUCCAAGGCAUCGCAAGCAACACCUUUCAGCACUCUGUGGAAAUGCCUGAGGAGUGUACGCCGUUAUGCAUAUCGAGGACUGGUAUUCAGCCGUAACGUGGACUUUAGUGUAGUCAACAAGCAGGAGCUGAUCCUUGAAGACGACAUCAUGGCGUCCAGCAGUGUGACUGAUGCUACCACGCCAUCAGCAGCGCCGAUCACGCCAAGCAUCUGGCGCACACGAACGCGAAGCGGAUCGAGCAGCUCCUUGGGCGAGCGUAGCAACAGCAGCAACGGCCGCCAAGCGUCCCCAACCACAGCUCCACGGAAGAAUCGACAUACGCCAGGCCUGCAAGCCAACCAAGAGCAAGUGAAGAUACCUCCCCAGGCCAGAAUCGACGAGCUGAGCGGCGAGUUCUACGACCACUUAACGGAGAGGUUGUCGUACUUGGCUGCGCAGCAGAAGGCCGAGACACCUGAAGGCGGUAAGCAGAUAUGGCUAGGCUAUCUAAACUGGAGAAGAGCGAGCUGCGUCAGGUGCGCGGCAGCAAUGCCGAGACGCAGUGGCGGCAGAUUGUCAAGAACAUGGAGGCCUGGAACCGCAUCGUUAUGA